GACAUGAGCAUGAGGCUACUGUGGAAGUCUGUGGACAAGAUGAGGUGCUUCAGGAAACGGUCCAUGCUCCCAGUCCUCGUCUUCCUGGUCUCCUCUCUGCUCUUUUUUAACCUUUACAUGGAUGAUGGAUAUGUGGUGGAGGCUGAAAAAAGACAGCUGGGAGAAACACUGGUGCAUCCUUCAAACUCUGAGAGAUAUGUGCACACAUUUAGAGACGUGUCCAAUUUCUCUGGGACUAUCAAUGUGACAUAUCGCUACCUCGCUGGAAUUCCUUUGCCACGCAAAAAGUUUCUCACUAUUGGAUUGGCGUCUGUCAAGAGGAAAAGAGGGAACUACCUCCUGGAGACAAUCAAGUCCAUCUUUGAUCAGUCCAGUUAUGAAGAACUGAAGGAGAUCGUGGUUGUGGUUCAUCUGGCAGACUUUGACCUGGUCUGGUGUGAGAACCUGGUGCAGGAAAUCACCAGGAAGUUUGCUCACCACAUCAUAGCCGGACGCCUCCUGGUCAUCCAGGCCCCAGAGGAGUACUACCCUUCUCUGGACGGGCUGAAAAGGAACUACAAUGACCCAGAAGACCGGGUCCGGUUCCGCUCCAAGCAGAAUGUGGACUACGCCUUCCUCCUCAACUUCUGCACCAACCUGUCACACUUCUACAUGAUGCUGGAGGACGACGUGCUGUGCUCCAGGAACUUCCUGACAGCGCUGAAAAAGGUGAUCACCUCCAGAGAAGGUUCCUACUGGGUGAUGCUGGAGUUCUCCAAACUGGGCUACAUCGGGAAGCUAUACCACUCCAAAGACCUGCCCCGGUUGGCUCAUUUCCUCCUCAUGUUCUACCAGGAAAUGCCUUGUGACUGGCUCCUCAUCCACUUCAGGGGUCUGCUGGCUCAGAAGGACGUGAUUCGCUUCAAACCCUCACUGUUCCAGCACAUGGGCUACUACUCCUCCUAUAAAGGGGUGGAGAACAAACUGAAGGACGACGAUUUUGAGGAAGACUCCAUUGACAUUCCCGACAACCCCCCUGCCAACAUUUAUACAAACAUCAACGUCUUUGAAAACUACGAUGCCUCCAAGGCUUACAGUAGCAUCGUUGACGAAUAUUUCUGGGGGAAACCUCCGUGCACCGGAGAUUUCUUUAUAAUUGUCUUCAACAGAUCGACUAAGAUCAGCAGAAUCAAAAUAGUGACGGGCACAGAGGAUCGACAAAGUGACAUUCUUCACCACGGCGCUCUGGAAGUAGGCCAGAAGUCUGUUGAGACUAAACAGGGAAGUCAGUGUACAUCCUACAUCACUUUAGGGGAGUUUAAAAGUGGGAACAUUGAAGUUACCAACGUGGACCACAAAAUCAUCUUUGACAUCGAGUGUGUGAGAAUAGUUGUCACAGCCAGUCAGCAGGAAUGGCUCAUCAUAAGAACUAUUAGCCUUUGGACCACACAACCUGUUAGCUAAUUAUAAAAACUAUAGACGUCAAGUUUUUAGUUAAUUUCUGUACGCCUUGAUUUGAUGCAGAAAGUUAUUUUUGAAUUUCUCCUGUUUAGUGAACUCAAAUCAGUCCAUUUUUUUC